CAAAAGUCUUAUCACCCCCAUGACCAGGAUGUCUGCCAGAGGAGGAAAGAAGAAGGCCACCAAGCUGUCCCGUUCAGCCAGGGCGGGUGUCAUCUUCCCUGUAGGGAGGAUGAUGAGGUACCUGCGCACUGGCACACACAAAUACCGCAUCGGCAUGGGGGCGCCCGUCUACAUGGCAGCUGUCAUCGAGUACCUGGCAGCUGAGAUCUUGGAGCUGGCAGGAAACGCAGCACGGGACAACAAGAAAGGCAGAAUAACUCCCAGGCACAUCAAACUGGCUGUGGCCAAUGACGAGGAGCUCAACCAGGUAACACAGUGCUCUUCUGAGGGGGUGACCAUAUCAAAUGGAGGAGUUCUGCCUCGGAUCCAUCCAGAGCUGCUGUCAAAGAAAAGGGGAAGCCGAGUAAAAGUGGAAACCCAGGCGUCUGUCCCCGACAAGCAGGAAGGACGCUCAAAGAGCAAGAAGCCAGUCAAACCUUUCAAAAAGGUUAAAGGCAAACGAGGCCGCAAGCCAAAGAGCACAGACAACGACAAAGAGUCUGUACCAAACUCCACAGCAGAAGACGGUCCUGGAGAUGGCUUCACCAUCCUAUCAGCAAAGAGCCUGUUCCUUGGACAAAAGCUUUCACUAACAGAGAGUGAAAUCAGCAAAAUCGGAACCAUCAAGGUGGAGGGAAUAAUCAACCCAACAAAUGCAGAGAUGGACCUCAAAGAUGGAGUGGGCAAUGCCCUGGAGAAAGCUGGAGGCAGAGAGUUCCUGGAGGGAGUGAAGGAGCUGCGGAAAGCACAGGGGCCUUUGGAGGUGGCGUCAGUGGCAGUGAGCCAGGCCAAUGGGAUGGCAGCCCGCUUCAUCAUCCACUGUAACAUCCCUCAGUGGGGCUCAGAGAAGUGUGAGGACCAGCUGGAGAAGACAGUGAAGAACUGCCUCUCAGCAGCAGAAGAGAAGAAGCUCAAGUCGGUGGCUUUCCCUUCACUUCCUGCUGGACGGAACGGCUUCCCAAAGCAAACAGCGGCUCAGCUCAUCCUCAAGGCCAUCUCCAACCAUUUUGUGUCGUCCACGAGCUCCUCUUUGAAAAACAUUUACUUUGUGCUGUUUGACAGUGAGAGCAUUGGAAUAUACCUUCAGGAAAUGGCCAAGCUGGACACCAAGUGAGGAAUCCUGGUUUUAGGGGUCGGUUUUUCUAACUGUUGUUUGUUGCGGAUGGGGGAUAGGUAGGUGGUGCAACGGUAGGGCUUUUGAUGUGGAAUCUGUUGAUUAAAGAGGAAAACAAUAUUUGUGAGUGGAGUGCUGUUCACAUUUAUGUCCCACUGUCCCUUCAAGAUAUUGAAUUCUUUAUAGAUUAGAUCAUUUAAGUCCGUACAGUUUGAUAUUCUGCCUCCUUGUUUCAUGAUGUUUUUACAUUCCAUGUACAAAUAUUGUAUAACAGUUUUUUUCUGGCCUAUGUAGUUUCUGAUACAGUUAGUUUACUAAAAAAAUACAGUGAUUCUCAUUUUGCUUUGAAAUAAAAGUCAGAUGUUUUACACCAGAGGUCUGCUCAGACUUUCAA